AUGGCGACAAGAGAAGUAAUAAACAGAGGCGUAUAUCUGGUCUUGUUCCUGAUGUUCAACACCUGCAGACCAGAAGGUAAUAUAGCUGCUUUAAAGUCUGCCAAGCAAAGCAGCAACCAACUUACGGGAAAAUGGCUAGCAGGAGCGGCAGUGGAUACUUGCACAAAUACAGAUAUAGCCUCUGAUUGUUGUACACACACGUCUGUAGCGGGGGAUCCUGAAACCGUUUGGUGGCGUGUAGAUCUAGGACAGAUGAGCACCAUUGACACAAUACAAAUAAUUUACAGAGCUGGAUUUGGGGAAAGAUUAGGAGGUUACCACCUUUAUAUAUCUAAUAACACGGAUUCCCCAACAAACGGUGUCCGCUGUUAUGAGGAUACGAGUACUACUGAAGCAACGGUACAACUGAAUAUAAUACAUCAGUGCCCGUAUGUUGGCCGGUAUGUUACUGUAUACAACUACAGAAACGUUCCACCACGAUACACCUGGUAUGAUGCUGUAGCUGUGCUGGAGUUAUGUGAGGUUAUAGUUCUUGGAUGUGCAGCAGGCCAUUACGGUGAUGGCAACUGUGAAAAGGAUUGCCCAGAAACUUGUUACGGAGGCAACUGUAACCCGAAAUCUGGCUCCUGCUUUUACUGUUUCCCGAAAAAGUAUGGCAGUGCUUGUGACAUGGAUUGUUCUACGAACUGUAAAGACAGCCUCUGUAAUAAAGACUCUGGACAUUGUUUAG